AUGGACCGUAUCACUGACUGGGGCCUGAUAAACUACGGUCGUGACUUCAUCCUGAACAAUGGUUACCGGAACUAUAACGAUGGCCCUCUGAGUCAAAAUGGGCAGUACCGGGAUAUUGUCCGAGACUUUGAUAAUAUCGACGGCCUGAUUCGAGAUACCGACUUUUUCCUAGAAACACGCCUGGACACUCUGCUUGGUAACACCGCAGCAAUGCUUCGCCUUGAUCGAGUCGCCCACUGGCCUCUGGCAAUAACCGUCGACUCGUCAUACAGACUCGAACGUAGCUUGUUAGACAUUCGACAGUACCCAGGCUCAGUAAAGCUUCACGAUCCCGUUCUGAACAGUCAUAGCCUCCGUAUGUGUGCGUUCUAUAACAUGUACGAAAUUUCUUGCGCCAUAUUAGACAGGGAUUCAUGGGAAGAAUGGCUUUCAUGUUUCCCUGAAGGCCUCGAUCCCCAUGAUCAGGAGAGUAUUGAUACUCAGACCCAAACGAUCAUGGACAGUCCCGAAAGAAAUGACAUCUGGGAUAGCGAGAGGGCAGAUCGGGAAUACCAAACCAACAUUGAGAACUAUUUGGAGCGAAACUGGAAUGGUCCUUCUGCAUGGCGUUACCCCAGCUUUGAACAGGACUGGUGUACCGACUGCCGACGGAUAGGAUAUCGGACCGGGUGUGAUCAAGACUGCGAGCUGAUGGAUGGUCCUUACUAUGGAAAGUAUUGGAAUAUUGAUAGAGUUCUUGAGGUUGAUUUUUCUGAUCCUGAAAUGCGGUAA